AAGACGUAUCAGAUCAGGUUAAAUAAAUCCAAAGUAAGUCACCAUGGGAGUUUUAACUAUACUGUUAGUAGCUGUUGUUGGAACUGUCUACGGAUAUGGGUAUGGAGGCAGCUAUGGCGGUGGUAGAGGAGGAGGUGGUGGGGUCAUCGCUCUAGGUGGAGGCGGUGGAGGCGGAAGUGAUGGCGGAGGAUUAUUUCUAGGUGGAGGCGGUGGUGCUGGCGGUCUUAUAGGAGGAGGAGGCGGUGCUGGUGGCCUCAUUGGAGGCGGAGGUGCUGCUGGAGGUUUAAUCAGAAGUGGCGUUGGAUAUGGAGGUUGGGUUGGUGGAGCUGGUAGAUGGUGGUGUACCUGCCGUCCAGGUGUUUGCCGUAAAGGGGAGCUUACUUUGGACAAAAAAUGCAGACUUUCACCAUUGUUUCCAUGGCAAUGGAAUACAUGUUGUCAGUGGUUCCCAUGGUGGGUAACCAGCCGUAACUACGGUGUUGGCAUCGGAGGUGGUAUUGGUGGUGGCAUCGGUGGUGGAAUUGGCGGUGGAAUCGUCGGAGGGAUCGGCGGAGGAGUUGUUGUAGGAGGUGGAAUUGGAGGUGGAUUAGGAGGAGGACUAGGCGGUGGAUUAGGCGGAGGAUUAUAUGGUGGAGUAGGAGGUGGAUUAGGUGGUGGAUUAGGCGGAGGAUAUGGUGUCGGAUAUGGUGGAGGAAAAAAGUCAUAUUAAGCUAAAUGAUGUACAGAACAGAAAUGGGAAACAAUACUGCAUUGUAUAGGAUGGAAUAAGAAUUUGCAAUUAAAAUAUAUUUGUUUAU